GUCACACAAAAAAACUCAAUCAAGACUCUCCUUCCAACAAGACAUGGAUUUCUUCCUCAAUGAAGACCAAAAGCACCUCAACACACCCAAUUACACCAAACACAUGAGCAAAAAGAGGCUAAGAAAAGACCAAGUGAGGCUCCUUGAGAGAAGUUUCACAACACACAAGAAACUAGAGCCAGAACUCAAGCUCCAACUCUCAAACCAACUUGGUGUCCCACCAAGACAAGUAGCAAUUUGGUACCAAAACAAGAAAGCAAGAUGGAAGACACAAAGCUUGGAGAUUGACUACAACACACUCCAAGUCAAGCUUGAACAUGCAUUGCUUGAGAAAACUAGGUUAGAGAGAGAAGUCAUGGAGCUUCAAGGAGAGGUAAGAAGAGCUCAAGAGAUUAUGCUUCAAUUUGGUUUCAAUUACCAAAGAAUGGUUCCUCCUAAGCCUCAUCAUGCUCAAGCUCCUCCCCCUCCCCCUCCUCCUCCUCCUCAUGAGGUUUCUUGUAAUAAUUCUAGUGAUGAGGGAGGUGGGUCUAGCUUGAAUAAUAAUUAUGAAGAUGUUAAUGGUGGUGAAGUCUUGCAAAUGGAGGACCUCUAUGAUUGCUUGAUUGGUGGAGGCAGUGGGUCAACAUGGGCCUAAAUUAAGUGCAAUGUUUUGUGCCAAACAAAUUGUGUUAAUUACUAUAGUAAUUAUUGUAAAAAAUAAUUGCUUAUAUACUUGUUUACUCACAUAUUAAUUGGCA